AUGGUCCUCCCGCCGCCAAAUGUGACAGGGCAUCUCCAUUUGGGCCACGCCCUCACAAUCACUGUCGAGGAUGUCGUGGCCAGGCAGAAGCGGUUGCAGGGAUAUAAAGUAGAAUGGAUCCCCGGCUUUGACCACGCCGGGAUCGCCACCCAAUCCGUCGUUGAGAGGGAAUUGUGGAAGAAAGAAGGGCUGCGCAGGGUCGAUCUCCCCGGCAGAUCCUUCCUCGACAAAUGCCACACAUUCUCCUCUAAAAACUCGAAAGUGAUCCGGAACCAGCUGAAGUUGAUGGGCGCCACGCUCGACUGGUCCAAAGAGUAUUACACCAUGGAUUCGGUAUUUUCGACAGCGGUGCACGAGGCGUUCUCCCGGCUGCACAACGACGGGCUGAUCAACGAGGGCGAGCGGUUCAUCCACUGGUGCCCCAAACUACAAACGACACUCUCGGAUCAGGAAGUCGAUCGAGUACCCGCGGGGCAGCUCUCGAUUCCGGACCGAUUCGGAGGGAAAAGAAGGGUAGAUGCCGGUCAGAUGGUCACCGUCGCCUACGGUGGACACGGUGGAAAAUGGAACAUCGUGGUGGGCACGACGCGACCGGAAACGUGCUUCGCCGACGUGGGGCUGGCCGUGCACCCCGAAGACUCCAGAUAUAGCCAUUUAAUCGGUGAAAUGGUGCAGCAUCCGCUUCUCGACAAACGGAUCCCCGUCGUCGCCGAUACAGCUGUGAUACGCGAGAAGGGGACAGGCAUCGUCAAACUGACGCCCAGUCACGACCAACUGGAUUGGGAGAUAUGCCAGCGGAAUUCAAGCACCUUCCAGCACUACUCCACCGGAAAAUGCAUCGACGAGAGGGGGAUGAUGUGCACGGGAAUCGCCGAAUUUGAUGCGCUCGAUCGGUUUGAGGCUCGGAAAAAGGUGAUCGACAUCCUGAGCUCGGUGCGACGCGGCGGAAAGGUCAUGGAUUUCCCGGGAGCCCAGGUGUUGGUGUGCUCCCGUUCGGGGGACAUUAUCGAGCCGCGGUUGAUGCGCCAAUGGUAUCUCGACACAAUUCCCCUACAUCAUCACGCAUUGAAAGCCAUCCACGAGGGAAAGAUCAAAAUCCAGCCAACCGGGCAGAAGCAGCGGCUGGUGGAUUGGCUGUCGAAUGUUGAGCCGUGGUGUCUGAGUCGACAACUGGAAUGGGGACACCGAAUACCCGCUUACAAGAUGAGAAACAUGGGAACAACGGCAGAGAAUAGCGACUGGCACAUUGCCCACUCUGCCGAGCUGGCCGCCCGCUAUUUUGGCUGCAAAGAAUCGGAUCUGGUGGCCGAGACCGAUGUCCUUGAUACAUGGUUCAGUUCUGCCCUGGUGCCCCUGGUGACAGCUGGAUGGUGCCGUGAUUCGACCCAAAUGGACCCCACUCGUUUCACGCAGCCAACGAUCGAUCUGAUGGAGACUGGCCAUGAUAUUAUCGGUUUCUGGGUGGCCAGGAUGAUUGCAUUGACCAUACAUCUGACGAUGGGCACGGUCCCUUUCCACCGUGUGUUCCUCCACGGAUUGGUCAGAGACGCUGAGGGCAGGAAGAUGAGCAAGUCGCUGGGCAACGUGAUCGAUCCGCUGGACGUAAUUGGUGGAAUUUCACUGGAAAAGAUGCUCCAGCGACUCGAGGACAGCAAUUUGGACGCCGCGGAAAUUGCCGUCGCCCAGCAGAAUAUGAAGGCGGCCUUUCCGAAUGGCCUGCCGAGGGCCGGGACUGAUGCGCUGCGAUUCGCGCUGCUACGACAUGAUCUGGGGGCUGCUGACGUGCCGAUUGCCAUCAGUCAAUUGAUCGAUGAGGGGCUCAAAUUCUCGAACAAACUGUGGAAUAUGGCCACCUAUGCGGACAUCAUUUCCAAAGCAGCCCCUCCAGAAGAUGAUAGCGCGGUCGAUUUGGAUGAUUGCCAAAACGAAACGGACAAAUGGCUCCUCUCUCGCUACCACCGUACCCUGGAUACGGUAGCAGAGUCGAUCGAUAGAAUGGAACUCAACCAGGCAUUCCAGCGACUACACGAAUUUCUACUCGCCGAUCUCUGUGACGUGUAUUUGGAGACGACAAAAUCGGCGUUGAGAAGCGGGGAUAAGAAGAGACUGGCAGAGAUUCGGGCCACAUUCAGCCAUGUGAUCCCCGGUGUACUGGCCCAGCUGUCCGUCUUCAUGCCAUUCGCUUCUGAAGUGAUCUACGAACAAGCCGCUACCGUUACCCAUCGCCAGUCCAUUCAUGCCAUUAUUCUAAAGUCUGACCCGACCCGCCUGGACCCGGUGGCCGAAUCGAAGAUGGCGACCACAAUGGGCAUCGUGAAAUCCCUGCGAUCCCUUCGUGACGUAUUCCAAUUUGCUCGCGACAAGAAGACGCCUGGAACGCUCUUCUACGACUCAGCCCAAAAUACGCCGAAAAUCGUGCCAGAAGUGGUCGAAUCGCUCUGCGGAUUUAAGCCCGUUUUUGCGGAAAUGGACGCCUCGAAGAAUGACAUUGUCCCCUUUACCGUACCCCAUCUUUCCGGGAAUUUUGCCAUCAAAAUACAGGCAGAGAAACAGGCGAGCUACUUGGGAUUGUUGAAGGAACGGCUGGCGAAGAGUGAUGAGAGGUUA